CGGGAGACGCAGCAUACAAGUGUGUAUUAAAACAGUGGAUUUGACCAAUCCUUGAUGUGAAUAUGAAGAUGAGAUUCAGCAUCAACAUUGUUACAGGAUUCUACUUACUAGUCUGUGGUUCCUCCAUCAACAUCAACGUCAUUACAACCGGAAACCGUACCAUGUACAACACACAUGACUACGGCGUUGACGUCAAGAAAAUCUCAUCGAUUCUCUUCCGGGUCAAGGGGUGCAUGGAUGGGAGGAUAAAUCUCUUUGACGGUCCUGACUUUUCCACUGCUAAGUCCGCCAUUGUUUUGCUUGGUGGAUGGGACAAUAGAAAAUGUUUGAUGGCACCGUGCAGUGGCUGCUCAACAACAUAUUCACCAUGGUACCCGUUCUUGGACUGCAAUGAGAUGAGACCAAUGUGGAUCAAUUGGACCGGUAGAUUGCUUAGCGUCGGUCACGGGGAAUAUGUUGGAGAACAGAUGUUCAUCUUUACCGACGAGCAAAGGGACUUUGAUGUCCAAUAUUUGGCCGUCGGAUCCAGUUAUAAUCACGUAUUUGACUGGGAAUUUGAUGACAAACCUGGGAACUUCUUUGAGCGGGUGGUGCCUAAUGGUUGGAGUACACGCCAAAUGCUGUCUUCACUGACGUCCAACUCUAGGUUUAAGUGCAUCAAGAGUUGUCAAGGCAGGAUCAGUUGCAGAUCAAUCAGCUACCAGAGCACGACCAACAUCUGCCAGUUAUAUUUUGAACGAUCACGAUCCGUUGACAUCGACCCUGACAACACUUGGGAAACAUGGAUAGAGAUAAAUGUGUAAAAUAUACUCCUUGUGUCUGUAUUGGGCAUUUUGACCGAAACCCAUGCACCAGCCGUCCAUUCGAGGAAGAAUCGAAAUUAAGAUUAUCACAGCCACCUGCUAUCAAACGGUCCCGAGUAUGACUCUGAAAAGUUGUUCAGACACACAUCAUUCGACUACAAUGCUAUAAUGACGUUGAAUUCUCUGUCCUGUGACAUACACUUAACAAGAACACUCACCUCUAUUAAAUCACUGCUAAUGACCUUCUUGUUCCAACGGGGUGGUCGGGUAGCCUAGUGGUUAAAGCGUUCGCUUGUCACGCCGAACACCCGGGUUCGAUUCCCGACAUGGGUACAAUGUGUGAAGCCCAUUUCUGGUGUCCGCCGUCGUUAUAUUGCUGGAAUAUUGCUAAAAGCGGCGUAAAACCAUACUCACUCUUGUUCCAAAACCACUACCUACGUAGGUUUAUGUUGCGCUUUGGGCAAACACCACGUGACAGAAGUGUAGUGUCAUGCAAAUAUGUUUAGUCACGUGAACUGCGCAAGAAUGACAAUGGUCAAUAUUCGUAUCAGGUGAAUGAAACGAUGAAAUGCCUUCACCCAUUUUGCAAAAUUCAAGGCUGUAAUUUACAUUUUUCACAAGUGUUGUGUUGUUAUAUUUUGUGAGAUAUUCACCAAUUACUUGUCUUGUUUGAGAUUCCCCCUCUAUUACCUAUUGUCUUACCCAUCACCACGCUCGGGUUAAUUUGUACGGAAAUAGCGUAAAAAAAGGAAUCCCCUUACUGACGGAACUUUCAGUUUGGGGGACGAUUUUGCGUGUCCACUUUUUACGCUAUUUCCGAUUUUAAAUUUCGUAUUGGUCACGCAUUUGUGAUUAAGAUUCCCUUAAAGUAUUAAAAUCUGCAAAGUUUCUAUGUUGACUUUACUCCAUGGAUGUCAUUUGAAGUUGAUAUUUAUCCCCCCUUAGUAAACCUACACACUUCUAGUUCUUUGGUCGUGAUAUUUAUACUUUUUAUACACUUCUUUUGUUUUUUUACUUGAUAUUUAGUCCCUUAAUAUCUGCACACAUGUUGUUAUUUAACUUGAUAUUUAUUCCUGUAAGACCUACACACUAGUUGCUAUUGCUAUAUGAUAUUUAUUACGUUAAUACCUAAACAUCUUUAGUUAUUUGAACUUGAUAUGUAUUCCUUUAAUAUCUGCAUGUAUGUUGGUAUAUAACUUGAUAUAUAUUCCUUCAUACAAACACACAAAAUGUUACUGUUGUAACUGAAAAGUACUGAAAAUAAUGGAUUAAAAUAACCAACGAGGUACGAGGUAUGUCAAGAGUGAAAUUGGUGUUUCACAUAAAGUUGAAGAUACAAUUCUGAACUCGCAAUACAUUUCUGUAAGACGGCUUACUUGUCUCUCGCUAAGAUCUGACGUCACCUACUUAAUUGUCAUAUGACGCCAUUACAAUCGUUUUUAACUGACCAAUAAGUAGUUAUCAUCUCCAUAUCACGUCACUGAGGUCAGAUGAAGCCGGAUAUCACUUGGGUACAAAGCGUUUGAAACAUUGUCAUCCUUUACAGUACAUUUAUCUAGUAAAUAUGUAGACAGGUCAUAGUUGUACAAAUCUGAACAAGUAACUUCAGUAAAAAGUGCACCCCAACCGUUUUGGAAACCUCAAAAAGAUAAAUAGUAACUUAUUGUCACUAUGUCUGGGACAAGGGAUUCAUUCUUGAAACAUAAAAGGCUUAAAAUCUAGACUAGUUAGCUACAUAACAUUAUUUCAUCGCAUAGGGACGUUUUGUGCUGAAAUAGCAUGUGCAUUUCAGGUCCUUUGACAACAUGUUCAAAUUCCAUUCGUAACAA